ACGGUGCUUGUGAUGUCACUGGCAGCCCCAGCGGGCUCUCCUCCUGGCCCUGGUGAUGUCACAGAGGACCCUUGGGAUCCCAGGCCCCACGGCUUGCAGGGGCAAGGGAGGCUGCGCAAGGCCAGGCCAGCGGCGCCGUGCAGGGAGAGGGCCCCUAGGGCUCGCUGCUGCACCCUUGCACACACCAGCUCUGAGAAGGGAACAGACGACAAGCCGGACCCAGAAGGUCCCUGCAGCAUUCUUUCGUGCCAGUUUUCAAGACAUCUGCCACGGCUCUUGAGAUUCUGCGUGCUCCCUGCCAGGCGGCGGGGAUCCACAGGCAGCUGGGGAUGCUCUGAGUGGACACCAAGGCCUCGGGAUGGCGCCUACGACGAGGAAGUGCAUCUGCGAGCUGUGCUCCUGCGGGCGGCAUCACUGUCCACAUCUCCCUACGAAGAUUUAUGAUAAAACAGAGAAACCAUGUCUUGUUUCCGAAUAUACCGAGAAUUACCCACUGUACCACUCUUACCUGCCCAGAGAGUCCUUUAAGCCCAAGCUGGAGUAUCAGAAAGGGUCUGUGGCAAUGGAAGGCCUGACUACAUCCAGAAGAGACUUUGUGCCUCACAAGGUGGUACCAGUGAAGGUCCACCAGCCUGACCAGUUCAUUCCCAGUGAAGAGAAUAUGGAUUUGCUCACAACGUACAAGCAAGAUUACAACCCCUACCCUGUCUGUCGAGUGGACCCCAUUAAGCCUCGGGAUAGUAAAUAUCCAUGUGGUGACAAGAUGGAGUGUCUGCCUACUUAUAAAGCGGAUUACUUAGCUUGGAACCAACCCAGACGAGAGCCACUUCGUCCAGAACAUAACUACCGACCGUCAUCAACCAAGUUUGAUAGCAGAACUACACACCAGGAUGACUACCCCAUAAAGGGCCUUGUGAAUACCGUGAGCUGUAAGCCUGCAGCUAUGCCGAAGCUAUGCAACAUCCCCUUGGAGGAUCUGACCAACUACAAAAUGAGCUACGUGGCCCAUCCUACGGAGAAGCGCUUAGUACACGAGGCAGAGAAGUUCAAACCAUGUGAAAUCCCCUUUGAGAGCCUCACCACCCAUAAAGAGUCCUACAGGGGCCUGAUGGGGGAGCCUGCCAAGAGUCUGAAACCCCCAGCGAGACCCUCUGGCAUAGAUGCACCCUUCUGUAACACCACUGAAUUCCGAGAUAAGUACCAAGCUUGGCCGACGCCCCACAUGUUCGCCAAAGCACCCCCGGCCUAUGUCCCUCCUGAAGAGAGGAUGGAUCUUCUGACAACAGUGCAAGCCCAUUACACAUAUCCCAAGGGUGCCCCUGCUCAGUCCUGCAAACCAGUGCCCCUGAUUAAAAAGAGCGGACGUUUCCAAAGCUCCACUACCACCAAGGAUGACUACAAGCAGUGGGCUGGGGUGCGCACGGAGCCAGUCAAGCCUAUCCCCCAGACGCACUUUCCCAGUGAGCCCUUGGACUGCCUGACUACCACCCGGGCUCACUACGUGCCUCAUCCGCCUGCCAAUACCAAAAGCUGUAAGCCCCUCUGGUCUGGCCCUCGGAGCAAUAUCCCUGUGGAGGGUCAGACCACUUAUGCCAUCAGCUUUACUCCCAAGGAAAUGGGCAGGUGCCCAGCUUCAUUCCCUGAGCCCCCUGGCUACAUUUUUGAGGAAGUGGAUCCUCUGGGGCACAAGAUAUAUAGGCCAAUUUCCCAGACAGUCUCUCAGCGGAGCAGUUGCCUUUCUGUAGGUGAUCCGGAAAACCCCAACCAGCCAGAGUUGGCAAUGUCAGCCUGAUUUUGAAAAUUGUUAUUUAGAAAUUGCACAGUACUUUUAAAAGCAGAUGGUUGAGAAUUAUUGGUUGGAAAAAAAGGAAUUACACAAAAUGAAAAAAAUAGCUAACAUCACUGUUUCCAGGACACUUAAAUAAAAAUGAGAAUCACUUAACUUAAGGCAAA